AUGGGACUACCUCCCGCGCGUAUUCGAAGUCCACCAAGAUAUUUACUAGGAUGCAUUCUCUGCUCAGCCAACGGCCUUCUCUUCGGGAUGGACACAGGUACCAUCGGCCCUGUGACCGAUAUGGCCGACUUCAAGGCCUCCUUCGGUGGUAGUGAGAAUUCGACUAUCCACGGUCUAAUCGUUUCCUGCAUCCUGAUCCCAGCUGCCCUCUCAUCCUUCUUCGCAGGAUAUGUCGCUGAUAGACUGGGUCGACCAAAGGGCAUUGCCAUUGGCGUAUUUAUCUUCGGAAUUGGAGCAGCCAUUGAAGCCGGAGCUGUGGCGUUGUCCAUGUUCAUCGUUGGUCGGAUCGUGGAAGGGCUCGGAGAAGGUCUUUUCCUUGGGAAUCUGGUCGUGCUGAUUUGUGAAAUUUCUCCAACUCGAACCCGUGGAGCUAUGACGACUGGGCCUCAGCUGGCUACGACACUGGGCUUGGUCAUGGGAUAUUUUGUCAGCUAUGGGACAUCGAGUAUUCAAUCUUCGCUAUCGUGGCGUUUGCCAUUUAUCGUGUUGGCAAGCUUGUCUAUGGUUCUUUGUGGUCUUUCCCUUUGCUUCUUGCCGGAAUCUCCCCAGUGGCUGGGCCUGCAUGGGAAAUAUGUUUUGGCGGAGGAGGCAUGGGAGAAGCUGGGCGUGAAUUCGGAGGAGCGUGAAAAGGUGCAAGUGAAUACCGAGAUCACGGAGCUCGAUUCUGAAAAUGAAGAGGGUGCCAAGGAAGACACUAGGAAGAAGCUUCUUGAGAUCUUUGAGAAGGGCGUUCGGGGUCGCACACUUCUAGCGGUCUUCUUGAUGGGAAUGCAGCAGCUGAGUGGCAUUGAUGGUGUCCUAUAUUAUGCACCCGAGCUCUUCCAAAAAGCCGGCCUCGCCUCCUCAGAAGCAAGUUUCCUCGCUUCUGGUGUCUCGGCAAUCGUUAUCUUUGCAGUCACAGUUCCGGGACUCAUCUACGCUGAUGGAUGGGGCCGGCGGAGCAGCAUCAUAUACGGAGGCGUUGGAAUGGGGAUUCUGAUGUUCCUGAUAGGCGGCCUGUACGCCGGAGAGGCUGUCCACCAAUCCACUGGUGCAGGUCGCUGGGUUGUCAUUGUCUGCAUUUACCUAUAUGCAGCGCUAUACUCCGUUAGCUGGGGAAUUUCAGUUAAGGUGUACAGUGCAGAGAUUCAGCCUCAGCGGACCCGUGCAUCCGCGACUACACUGUCCCAUUCAAGCAACUGGGUCUCCAACUUCUUGGUGGCUUUGACUACCCCUGUGUUGCUUGCAAAGAGCAGCUAUGGUGCGUACUUUUUGUGGGGUGGAUGCUGUGUUGUGACUGUCAUUGUUAGUGUCAUCUACAUGCAUGAGACUAAGGGUCGGACUUUUGUGCAGAUUGAAGAAGCCUUCACGGGAAAAAGGGCAAGCGAGGAAGCGGAACGCACUCAAAAUGGUAUCAAGGCCUAG